AUGACUAGUACAUCAGGAUCAUCUAAAGCGACACCACCAGCAGUAAUGGCUACAUUCAAGGAAACCAAAUUUCCCGACCUUAGUAAAGUAGAUAACUCUAAAGAUAUCAUGAAGGGAAAUUAUGGAUACACCCGUGAUAAUGAUAUGACACGGAUAGGAAGAAACCCUGAUGAUGCCACUAAUCAUGAUAAAUUCGAAGGAAUGUUUAAUAUAUUAUAUAUACAACAAUUUCUAGACCGACUAACACAAGAAACCUUUGAAAAACCAUACCAAGAUGAAUUUAUUGAAAAGCGACAAAACUUUGAUACUAGUAACGCGGAAGAGUCAGAUUCUGAUACAUCUAAUGAAGCAUCCAGCUUGGAAAUUUCGUUAGAAAUUAUCAACCCAAAUGAAUUUGAGAAUCCAGGCGAACAAAAAGGAAAAGGUGCCCUUUAA